AAGGUCAAUUUUUAACGAGGACAGGACCCUGCCUUGUGUAUAUAUGUGUGUAUUUGGCGGACUGCUUUUUCUCGCUCUCUCUGAACUUCCUGCUCAGAGCAGUGUAUCCCUACGGCCCUCCUUCAUCAUCACUAUGAAGAGCAUCACCGCUUGUGUCAUCCUUGCUCUGGCAGCCACUACGUGGGCUGCCUCUCUACCUGCAAUACGGCCAAAAAGGAUAUUUCUGUGCCCCAAAUAUUCUGAUUAUACUGUAUGCACCUUGGAGUACAAUCCUCAUUGUGGAUCUGAUGGAAGAGUAUACGGCAACAAAUGUUUGUUCUGCAGCGCCGUUGCGAGGAGCCGCGGCACGCUUUUUUUCGUAAAAUAUGGACCAUGCAGAGUCUCCCCGGUGCCCAAGGGCCCUACAUAUGUUUUGGCAGAGUCCACAUAGAGAACUGGUUUCCCUAGGACGGUUGUGGGGACAAAUCCAGAGAUCUGAUUCUUCAAUAAAAGAUUUUCAGCAGAAAGUUGUCAGGGUUGUCUUUGUGGAUACAAUUCUUCUUUUCAAGAAAUCAUCGAUGCUCAUUUUCCUAAAUGUAUAAAUCAUACAGAAAUAUUUCCUCUAUUUCUACUCACUUUGGGAGCUGGAGA